AUGGUUUCAUGUUCUGAUGACGAUGUACCACUCGCUCAAAGCAUGCCCACGGCACUCACCGCCCAAAAGUCUAUUCGAAGGCAAUUGCGUGAUGAGCGCCACCAACGGAAGAUGCAGCGUGCGAAGGGCACUCGCGCAGUAAUGCCGUCCGAACGACCUCCUGUUCCUGCCCUUCCUCCUACUGUCAUACAUGGUCGACAACGUUCUGCAUCCGUCACGCCCUCGCUUGCUCCAUCAAGAGGCGAGAGGAUUCGCGGCAAACCAGCUCCCCUUGAGCCUUUCCCCAUCGAUGAUUUGGCGAUGAAAUUAGCAAACCUUCAAGUGGCAACAGCUCCGUCGACCGCGCCGCCUUCCUAUAAUGGUAUUGCUUCUGCAUCACUAUCCACAAGGAUACCUAUUUCUGGUUCUGGUCCACGGAUUCACGGUCCGCAGGCUGUGGACGAAAUAGCGUUCCUCCAACAUGUUCCAGCUUAUACCACCGACAAACUUCCACAAGAUCGGCAAUUGAGAUCUACACGAUCUUUCCAUCGUCCAGAGGGGCGAACGGUGGAUACAGCUCAGCCACACCUAGAGUCAUCCUUAUCGCAACGCCUCGGACGUAGACCGACGGCUACCUCGCGCAGACCAGAAGACCCGCCUGUGCACCGGGGCAAGUCCGUCACCCGUCCAUCCAGAGAUGGUUUUGAGAUUCGCAAUGCGUCAGACCCGCUAUUGAGGUCUGCCCGUCCAAGCGAGGAUAUUAGAAGACCGACACCAACAGUCCCUCGCGUUUCCGUAGAUCAGGAUGUCGAGCAGCGUGUUCUUCAACGCCCUCUCGUCGAGCCAAUACAUUCACGGUCUCAGCCUAUCCCUGUGCCAAAAGUACAGGUCACCCAGCAACGAGUCUUUAUCGGAGAUAUGCAAAGAUUCAACACGGUGGAGAUCACCCCCAACACCAAUGCUGGUGAUGUCGUUGCUUUGAUUGCAAAUCAAGGAUCGUUGGAUGAUACGGCAGUCUGGAUGCUGUUCGAGCUUGCGAAUGACUUUGGCAUGGAACGCCCCAUCCGAAGUUACGAGCUACUAUCAAAUGUCACUGCUUCUUGGAACAAAGACAAACUUUUGAAUGCCUUUGUGGUCAAACGCACCUACCUGGCUCCCUUCCUGAGCCGCUCCAACAUACCCACAAGCUCACCCACCAACCGCGGAUAUAUCGAAUAUGAGAGCAAGAAGGGCAAGUGGAGCAAACGUUGGAUGGAGUUGCGAGAGCACAGCUUGUGGUUGGCCAAGCGCGACACGGGAAAGGAUGAAACUUUCCUGUGCUCACUCUCCAAUUUCGACGCGUACUAUAUCACCAGAAAACGCAAGUCUCCUAAACCGUUUGUUUUUGCCAUCAAAUCUACUGACAACAUCUCACUAUUUGAGAAUGUGUCGGACUAUGUUCAUAUUUUGUCAUGCAACCAAAAGGACGGCGAGAGAUGGAUGGAAGCCAUUCUUGUAGCGCGAUCCUAUGUUCUUUUCCAGGAACGACAUGUCCUAUUCGCAAAACCAGGGGAAUCUACCUCGAUCUCUAACAACCUAUCUCGGUCUCAAACCAGAAAACAGUCCAUCUCUACGCGCCCUAGUCAACCUCUCGUUAGUGUCUCAGCUCCAUUCAGCGCAUCAGCUACCGCCGUCACAUUCGAGCCUGGCUCUCUCCUGGCCAAACACAGAGGAGAUGUCAUGUCAUGA